AGGGACGCACAGCCAAUCAGGGAGGGCGGCAGAGGAAAGCUGGGGAGGGCUCCAGGGCCCCUCUUUCCUCCUUCGCCCAAAUCCGCUCCAGCUGGUCAGGCUGGGCCGUGGCCCAGGAGGCUUGAGAGGGUUGGGGGGAAGAGAGAGAAGUUCUUGCCUCUACACCCAAGACAGAGGACAUCAAUUGGAUCCCUAGGCACAGUGCCUGGAACACAAUAGGUGCACGAAGUAUUUUUAUGAAAGGGUAAACGAAGAAAAGAGUGACAGGAAGUAAGAGAAAGAGGAAGGGAAGAUCAAUAAAAGUGGAGAAAAGACAAGAGGAAGAAAGAGGAUAUAAGAGAUGAUCUUCCUGUUUAUUGGAAAAGGCAUGCAAACCAGCAAAACAGAUGGCUAAUUGAGUAACUGAUGAACACAGCCGCCAUCCAGCCAUCCACCAAGUGGGUCCCACCGCUGGAGACUUAAGAACAUCCUGCAAAGCUUGGCUCCCUGAGACCCCUUCCAGCUCACCAGUUCAGCCUGAUGUUUUGGAAAAUGUCAAGAAGCAGCCUCCAUUUCAACUCUCUAUGAUUGUGAGGUACCAGACUCUGAAUUAAUCUCGUGGAGGAGAAAACCAAGUGAUGUGGCCUGAAAGUGUUUGCCCUGCUGAGGCCCAAAGACUCCUUCUGAACAAAUGACCUUCGGUAGCCCUGUAAACCAUAGGCACAUCUUGGAUGCUGCUGCAGUCUAGGAGAGUCAGGGCCCUCACUAUGUCAUUGUUCCUUGCAAAGCAAAACUAAAACAGCAUACCACAUGGGAUGCAAAGAUGUUUUGAACAAAACCAGCACUUCAGAAAAGUCCCUGCAACUUCUGCUGUUUUCCAAGCCUAGGUUAUCAAAUUCAACAGUUACACCUGACACACCUGUAAUGUCUUCUGAUUUUUGUGAAAUGCUGUCUUCAGUCCUCUUCUCUGUGGAGACAAAGGAGCAUUCUCCAGCACCGUCUGCCUGUGUGAGAGUUUGUGUCCACGUGUGUCCCCAACACUGUAGCGUCUUCUCGGUGCCCCAGCUGUCCCUUGGGCAACUGUUUUCCAUUUGCUGGAUGCUUCUGUCUACAGGCCUGGCUGUGCCAUGUCAGCAUUUCUGGGAUGGAUCAAGGACUUCUAGGAAGGUUGAGUUAGAACCACGAGUUCUGUUUCCAGACCAUAAGGAGCCUAUGGGACACAGCAUCAUUCAGCUGAAGCUCCCAGUGCAGAAAUACAGUGUGGGUGGCAAUCAGGCAUUCCCUUACAGAGGCCUAAUGGAUAUCACCAUGCAUCCAGCAAUGAUGUACUCCCCAUCUGGUCCUUAUUUUCUUAUCCAUUACCUCCUUCAAUCCUCUUGUUUGAUCCUAGAAUACCGGACCCACCCAUCCAUCCAUCCAUCCAUCUGUUUGUGUUUGAUCUUUGCCUAAGACUGUGGUCCUGCCCCACAGGUGCAGUUCUCAGGCAUGGUCCAUACAGUCUCUCAGAGGCCUCCAGCAAGGCUGAGCGACUGACACCUACAGCGUCAGUCUGCUGUGAACUUUGACUCCCAUUCCUCAAUUCCUUGUCUCACUU